UUCAAAGGUGCUUUCAUGAUACUAUUAGCGAAAACACCUGAAAACCAGUAACUAAUCAUCGUGGACUGAAAACUCCAGACGAAUAAAUAAAGAAAGAAAGAAAGAGUUUCUGAAGACGUGUAUCUGUCUGUGGGUCGAAAGCAAGGAUUUUGUAAAAAUAUAAGUUCCUUGACUUGAAGUGUCAUCCCAUUACACUGCAAAACCUCUACCACAGCAAGUCAAGUUCUGUGCAAGUUUUAAACAUGUUCGGCUCGUCCAACAGUCUUAACAAAGUACAUUCAGGGCAGAUGAAGUUUAUCCAAGAGAGAGUGGCAGGGGUGGAGAAGCAUUUUGGCCAGAUCUGCCGAGCCCUGGCUGCCUAUGCCAAGAGGGAGGCAAAGUUGCGUGACAAAGGUGACGAGGUGUCCAAGGCCCUGCAAGAGUAUGGAGAGGUGGAGAGUCUUAACAAGAGUCUCAGGGCAGCCCUUUGUGAGACUGCUGACUCUCUCACUGCCAUCCAGGACUACAGGGACGUCAAGGUGGAACGGCUCGAUGCGAGGGUUGUGGAGGAGAUUGCUGCUUAUGGAGGGAUUUGCCGGACUGCCAAGGAUGAGCUGAAGCGCAGCUUUGACAGUCGGCAACGUGAGAUUGCCCACCGCCACAGUCUGGAGAAGACUAAGAGUCGCCACCCACAGAACAGGCAACAAAUUAUCAUUGCAGAAACCAAGCUGCAGAAGUCCACAACAGAGGCCCAGCGUGCCUGCAAGAACCUUGAGGAUCAGAUGGACCAGUUUGAACAAAAGAAAGUCUCAGAUUUAAAGAAGAUUUUAAAAGAAUUUAUUCAGAUCGAGUUAGCCUUCCAUGCCAAGGCACUGGAACUGUACACCCGUGCCUACAAUCAAGUGUCCAGCAUUGAGGAGGAGGAGGACCUGGAGGCAUUUCGAAACGCAAGGGAUGUCUUUGAUGCGGAAUUCCGCAAUGCUCUGAAGGGCAAUGUUGCAGGUCGGGCCGAGGCUGUGGGAGUGGGUGAAGGCUCCUCUCUCUCCCCCGUCAUCCUUAACUCUCGCCACAGCAGACACACUCGCAAAAAGCGUGACCUGAAGAAGUCCAUGGAGAAGCUGCAGGUUGAGGACUAUGAGGAAAUCCAUCAGAGUUCAUCAAGUGAAGAGGACUGACCUGCUCAUGUGUGUCUGAGUAUGUGGUGGUCAACUUGCCUUACAUUCAUCCAUCUAUCUGUCUAUCCCACACAGGGGAGCCCAAACAAAGCACCACACACUCAUACACACAUUAUUAUGAUUAACACUCUUAGCUCUGCCAGAUGUUGGUGGAAAGGGAUAGUGUUGUGAACCACUAUACUACAUCCCAGGAGCUUAGGAAUAGCACAUCUGGUCACAUACCUCCACAGCAAGGCCUGAUAGCAUAAUAAGACUGUUAGCUGUCAUGCACCUACUCCAAUCCUGAGACCGCAAAAGAUGCAGGGUACUUAAUACUUUAAAUACUGGUACUAAUCAUAUAAGUCAUCGUUAGCAUUAAUAUAUUUUUUUUGUUGAAUGUCAUUUCCUCUACAGGGUCAGAUAGUGUGUAUCAGAUAUUGUGUGGUAUCCCAAAUGUUUCCUCACCAUAGGUAGUGUUGUCAUGAUGAUAUAAAGAUCUUGGCCUGUGUUCUCUGCCCCAGGCCACCAACUGAAGUUGACUUACUGUUCUGUAGAAACCAUGAAUCACAGCAAAGUGCACUUCACUUGUAAUAAAUAAGGUUAAACUAUACUCACAUUAUUAGUCAGUAUCAUAAUCAUUGUCAUCACUGUAUCAUUAUUAUAAUCAGUUAAUUGUAGGAAAAGUCACUUAUGAAUAAGUUACUUGUGAGAAUUGCUUUUAUAAAUAACUUGCUUGACCUGCUUUCAAGACAGCCAUAUCAUGAAUUCUAAUUUGUUUGAGGAAAAAAAAUACAUAAAUGAAAAUAACUGAAUAUAAAAUUAUUUUUAUUGGAAAUCAAGUCAAAGCUGACACCAAUUUCUUAGAGAUGAAUAUGAUAUCUGAAGCAGACAUGUAUGACUAAUGUUAUAGUACAGGAUGCAGGAUGUGUCUGUUGCUCUUCAGCUGGUGAGACCUGUGGAGGCAAAAUAGAUUAUUAAACAACAUAAAUAAUCAGUAUUACAAAACUGUUGAGAUAAGAAAGCUGCUAAGACUAUUUCAGAUGCACAAUGUUUUCCUGCAGCAGUAAGUUUUGCUCUAACAUCCCCACCACCUGGUUUCCUUCCCAGCUGCUGAUGGGCCUCAUCCAUCCUUGUAUGGAGUAUUGCUGUUAUAUUAUGAGGGGAGAUUCAACUAAUACUGUACUUUUUUGCAGAGUAGAAUGAAAAGGUUUCCACAGCACCAACUCCUCUCCCUUAAGUGACUGUAUUCAAUUUCUAAUACAAAAAAGAAGCAACUUAGCAUACACUCACCCAAGUAAUCAUCCAUGAGUGUUCCAAUGGCAAACUGAAAAACAAAUAAUGAUGAUUAUCAUCCAAACUCAGUGAAGGAAGGCCUAGAUUCUGUCAUAUCAACUUAUCAAAUAAAGCUGAGUCCUUUGUAGGAAAGUGACUCUUUACCAGAACUCAUAAAUAGUUUGGGAAAAGAGGAAUGCUUUCAGGAAGACCAACAAACAGUAACAUUAAACUAUUGUGGCUACAUUGACACAAACAUGUGGUCUUUCAUUGGACUUACUAUAUCAGUUGCAUCCACUCUGGUGCCAACAAUUUUCACUCUUAUUUCAUCAUCCUGUUGAAUAACAACUUCCUGGAAGAAAAAUAAUUAUUCUUAUUUAGGUACAUACCUAUCUUAAUAUAAGAUAGUGUGUUGUUCUUAAUUUUUCACACAUGUACAAAUCAAAUAAAAAGGGAAGAAUU